AUGAUGUUGAUGACAAGAGAAAGGUCACCGAGUGACCAUGAGACAUUUUAUGCAAAUGACUACAAUUCUUUUGUCGGGCCAAAUGAACGACCUCAGUCGGCGACCAAGGACAUUUUUAACUGCCCUGUGGAAUUUUUAGCGGAUAAAAAGGUUCCAGGUUAUAUAUCGCCCCCUCUUCUUCAGCAACUUAGCGACCAGCUUCAUCAGCACGAGCAUUUUCAUCACCAACUUGAACAUCAGUUAUCUGAGAAUCGACCAUGUCAUGAAAGCCUUCGAUCUCCGGAUCUCCCUUCCAAAGGAUUCAAAGAUGUUUUGAUUCUGGAUAAGGAUUAUUUUGUGGCGAUUUGCGACAAUUACGUCAAGCUGUACUCAGACAUCGGGGACCUGCUCGAUAAGACAGCGUUGGAUUGCACUCCGCUUUCCCUGAGCCAGUUUGGGCAGGAGCGAGUGGUCAUCACUUGCUAUUCGCAUCGACUAUGCAUAGUCAGCAUUGUUCACGGAACCAGCCUUUCGCUGCUGCUCGAAAUCGAGACACUUAUUCAGUACUGCAGCGUGUCGCAGCUUCGAAACGAUGAGUUAAUUUGUGUUGGGCUCGACAAAGCCGUAUUGCACAGGCUCGUUUACAAGCCCAGCUUAGUCGUCCUUGCUUCGGCGUUGUCACUGGUGAAGUUCGGCGUGACGGUCAGGCAUGAUCUGAGCUACAGAUAUGUCCACGUGACUUCCUCUGGGCAAAUCGUUAUUACCGAUCGAAUGAACGACUAUGUGCUCAGCCUUAGCAUCAAAGGAAAUUGGAAGAUUCCAUUUUUUUACCGACCUCAAGCAGUUACCUCUGAUGGGAAUUAUAUCUAUAUCAUUCAAGGAGGUGGACUCAACCUUGUUUACCGUUUUCAUCUCGACGAAAUCUCUCUCGUCUUUCUCUCUCUCUCCUCUCUCUCCUCUUUCUCUCUCUCCUCUUUCUCUCUCUCCUCUUUCUCUCUCUUAUCUCUCUCCUCUCUCUCCCCUCUUUCUCUCUCUCUCCUCACUCUCUCCGCUCUCUCUCCCUCCUUUUCUCUCUCUCUCCUCUUUCUCUCUCUCUCCUCUUUCUUUCUCUCUCCUCUCCCUCCUCUUUCUCUCUCUCUCCUCCUCUCUCCUCUCUCUCUCUUCCUCUUUCUCUCUCUCUCUCUCUCUUUCUCUUUCUCUCUUUCUCUCUCUCUUCUUUCUCUCUCUCUCUCUCUCCUCUUUCCUCACUCUCUCCGCUCUCUCGCCCUCCUCUUUCUCUCUCUCUCCUCUUUCUCUCCUCUUUCUCUCCUAUUUCUCUUUAUCUCUCCUCACUCUCUCUCCUCUCUCUCUCCUCUUUCUCUCUCUCUCCUCUUUCUCUCUCUUCUUUCUCUCUCUCACCUCUCUCUCUCCUCUUUCUCUCCUCUCCCUCUCUCUCUCUCUAUAUAUAUAUAUAUAUUUGUUCUUUCUUUCUUUCUUUCUUUCUUUCUUUCUUUCUUUCUUUCUUUCUAUCUAAACGUUGAUAGAAUACAUAUCGAUAUGAAUAGACAAAAGGAAAGCCGAAGCGUUUCGUCCUCUGAGGGAAUUUAUCAAGGCAUAUGUGUUAUCUAUCUAUCUAUCUAUCUAUCUAUCUAUCUAUGA